GCUGCUGUGCCAUUGGCUUCUACAGGGAGGCUGCCGCCACAGAGUCAGUGAGGCGACAAGCUGGGGAUGGUCCCGGGCUGAGUCUCCACAAUGAGCCGGGAUCAGAGCCGCCUGCUCCGCACUUGACGCAACCCAUCUACAACUUAACGUGGCACCACCGCGACUGACAGUUACUUGGGUGACAUUUUGCACAUUUUAGUCGCCGAGACGUCGCCAGAAGGACGAAUGACACCGGCUCACCUCAUGAUUUCAUCCUGCUAAAAGCUCUUGCGAGACAAUACAGUUUCUUCAUGGCGUCUCCACAACAGUCCAGAAUCCAGUCGUAUCUUGAGAAGAAUAAAAUCGGACCCUUGUUUGAGGAGUUGAUGACCAAAUUGAUAACUGAGACUCCAGACCAUCCAAUCCCUUUUCUCAUUGAUCACCUGCAGACCAAGCAAGACAGCCCUGGCAAGCUGCACAGAGCUCUCUCAGGCUCCGCAGCUCUGUGGGCGCAGAGCUCCCCAGAAAGCAAAAAUACUCGAAGGGAGUACAGCAACUAUGAGAAGCCAUGGCAAAUUCACCCAAAGAAACCGAAGAAAUCCAAGAGCGACCUGGCUGUUUCGAGUAUCUCUCCGCCUUCUCCGGAAUCCAAGUCCUUGCCGCGGUCUGUCGAGUACCCGUCCUGGGACUGGAGGGAGAGCCGGGACUUUGACGAGCUCAACCAUAUUUUGCAGGAGAGCAAGAAGCUGGGCAAAGCCCUGGAGAGCCUUUCCCGCAGCAUUGCCAUCUCUGAUGAGCUCGACCAGAACUUAGGAGGCUAUAACUCAGUGUUGCGCCCUCGGGUGGUGGGGGAGUGGGUUGGUCGCGAGGAAGUGGACGCGGACCCGCUGGCUGCUGAGAUGCUGCUUCCUCCUGUCCCUCGGGCCAAAACUGAAGUUUGCUGGAGUGGAGACAGCAGUCCUGCUGGGAGCCUGAAGAUGGAAACAAAGAGCAAGGGGCUUAAGGAGCAGCAGCAGCAUCACAAAAAGCUCCUGGCUGCCAUGUUGUCCCAGGACUCCUUUGAUUCAGUCCACAGCCCUGCCCCCUCUGUUGCAGAGGAAGAGAUGGAGGACGAGGACGAUGCCAUGGAGCUUCUGGAGGACCUGGAUGACCUGCGGAUGGAGGGUGUGAUGGGGCUGGCUCCAUCCGGCAGUAAGUUCAGCCAAGGACGCAGCUCCUAUCAGCCCGAACCUCAGGCCAAAGUUACACUCAACAUCUGCUCUAGGUGUGCCAGGUUGCAGGGGGACAGUCUAUCAGACAACAGAUCUGAAGAAGAGCACAGGCCACACAUAUCUGAACAAGCUGUACCUGACAUCUCAUCUCCAUUGCCCGGGGUGGACACAGCGGCAGGUCGGUUGCAGGAAUGCCAGGCCGUGUCUCAAGUGUCAGGCUCUCGUCAGGCUGUCUGGGAGGCUGAUCUGAAGGCUAUGAGAGGUGGGAGCUCUGUCGGGCAGACGGGCCUGCUACUGGGUGACUCCCUCUUUUCUAAAGAGCUGGAGAACAUGGGCAAACAGCUUGCUGAGGUUGAGAAGGACUUGGCCAAGCUGGCAGAAGUAGGGAAAAUGACCACUCGGAGCACCAGUAAUCCGCACAGUAGUCUGCUCCAUACCCCCCUGCGUCACAGAACACUACCCGACACACUUCCUCUGCCCAGCCUGGUGUCCAGGCCCCAGUCUCCAGCUGGCAGCCUCUCUGGCAAGCCUUGUGGUGUGGGCCUCCCCCUGCUCAGCCCGAAGUCCUCCUCCCUGGUCAUGGGUCGGACUCAGUCUCCCAGAACCCCCGGUAGGCCCCUAACCCCAAAUAGUUUACUGACACGCUCCACCUUUAACACUGGAGCUCAAAAAGAGGUGACCUUCAGGAGGUCGCGGAGCCGCCCUGUGACGCCCACAAGUCAGCCCACACAUCCCCGACCACUGCUCACCCCUCCUGGACUCAGCACUACAGACAGCCUUGGAGCCAGCCUACGGGCCUACUUGUCUGAGGAUGAGUUUUACCAGCAAUUACAGGCCAUUCGACAGCCUUGGCAUAUUCCUAGUGACACAGACAGUGACAUCCUGGAGCCACCUGAACAGGACAAGAAACAAGCUGAAUCCACAGUUCCCAAAUUUGACAAAUUGCUAAUGUUUUUACCUUGCCACAGCUUUUUUCUUUGUAGGAUGUGUGGUUCAUUUCAUUACUGUAAUGCCACAUUACCACAGUGAGUGACUAAUGUAUUAAAGUGGCAAUAGAUCUAUUAAAAAGUGAAGAUUAAUGUGCAAGUGUUCCUUGUAAAAUUCUGAGAUGAAGGAUAAAAGCUGACACAUGAAAAUUUCUGCAAUUGGGUGAAAUCCUAGAGUGGUUCACAGGGGGGAAAAGGUUUCCAUGUAAAAUUUCCUUGCCUGGCAUCAUGCAAGAGAUAUAUCUCUAUCGAGAUUCAGUCGAUAGACAAGAAUGGCUCUUCCUUGAAUGUUGUAAAUCCAGUCAUAGUAGUGGUCUGGCUGGGAGACAGACACUACUAUAUUAUAUAUUACUCAGGCUUUGAACAUGACAGAAUUAGAUCAGACCUCCUUGAAUGGCCUGGUCCAUAAAUCACAUGAAUGUAUGUGGCAGUAUGAUCUGGCUUGCCAGAAUGAAACUAAGAGUAGUUUUCAAUUCACAGAGGUCCACUAACAACCUGUAAAAUUUAUGCUCUCUUAAUACUGGUCAACAUAUGGUGAAACGUCUCUUAUCCUAUGAGAUGUUUGUAAGAAUUUAUACUACAGCUGGACCAAAGGAAAACUAACCUCUGUAAACAUUACAUAUUUCUGCAGGACAAGUAGUUUUUAGGGCCUGCUGUGUGAAUGGAACGUGACUUAUAGUAUUUCAACCUCAUUUCACUAAACCUUUAGGUCAGAACAAACAGAACCCAGAGUUUUUGCUAUUUUUAGAUCCUCACCAGUAGUGGGCUUAAUAAAAGGCUAGAGGGCCAUUAAAAUAAAAAAGGUUUAUCCAUUUGGGAGUAUGAAUAUGCUCAGAAGAUUA